UUAGUUUUCCAUCUAAAAUCAUUCAUCGUUUCGCUCCGUAAUGGCGGCCGCUGCCCGCCUCCUUCCCGCCCUCACCUUCUCGCUGUUGUCCUUUUUUCCCACCGCGUUGUCCUCGCGCAGAGACGUGCUCGAGCUCGGGGACGCAGACUUCGACUACCUGGCAACGGAGCACGAGACCAUGCUGGUGAAAUUCUACGCUCCAUGGUGUGGUCACUGUAAGAAGUUAGCUCCAGAGUUUGAGAAAGCAGCGACCAGACUGAAGGGCACCAUCCAGCUAGCAAAGGUGGACUGUACAGCUCACUCAGAGACCUGUGGUCGUUUUGGGGUCUCUGGUUAUCCCACUCUGAAGAUCUUCAGGAGCGGCAGAGACUCCGCCCCCUACGACGGACCUCGCACGGCAGAUGGGAUCUAUCAUUACAUGAGAAAGCAGACUGGUCCAGACUCAGUUCACCUGAAGACUGAAGAAGACCUGCAGACCUUCAUCAACCACUACGAUGCCAGUAUCGUUGGUGUGUUUUCAGGUGCAGACAGCUCUCACCUGUCAGAGUUUCUGAGAGCUGCAGCUCUGCUGAGAGAACAGUUCAGAUUUGCUCACACUGUUGAUCUGAAGCUGGGAGAGAAAUAUAGAGUUCAGUCAGAGUGUGUGUUGCUGUUCAGACCUCCCAGGCUCAGCAGUCUCUUUGAGGACAGCGUCGUCGUCUUCUCAGAUUUUCUGACCAUCGGCUCUCUGAGACGCUUCAUCAGAGAUCACAUUUAUGGUCUGUGUCCUCACAUGACCGUGGAGACCAGAGAUCGUCUCAGAGUCCGCGACCUGCUGACGGCGUACUACGACCUGGACUACCAUCACAAUAUCCGAGGGUCCAACUACUGGAGGAACAGGGUGAUGAAGGUGGUGUCUAAAUAUGCUGGGCGGGGCCUGAUGUUUUCAGUAGCCAAUAAGAAGGACUUCCUUUCUGAGCUGGAGGACGACUUCGGUCUGGGAACAUCAGAUGGAGGAGAGCUGCCGUUUGUCACGAUCCGGACCAAACUGGGCCACAAGUACACCAUGAGAGAGGAGUUCACGAGGGACGGUCAGUCCUUGGAGAGGUUUCUGGACGAUUACUUCGCAGGUCGUCUCAAACGUUAUGUAAAGUCUGAACCUGUACCUGAGAGAAACACGGCGACCGUCAAGGUGGUUGUUGCUGAGUCCUUUGAUGACAUCGUCAAUGAUCCAGGUAAAGAUGUUCUGAUCCAGUUUUACUCUCCAUCCUGUCCACACUGUAAGAAGCUGGAGCCUGUCUACAGAGAGCUGGCUGACACGCUGUCCUCUGAUCCGAACGUCAUCGUUGCUAAGAUGAACGCGGCUGAUAACGACGUCCCGCUGGGUUACGACGUCCAUGGGUAUCCAACCAUUUAUUUUGCUCCGGUGGGUAAAAAGGACGAGCCCAUAAGAUACGAGGGGGGGCGAGAGCUCAAAGACUUCCUGAAGUUUCUGAAACGUGAGGCGAGUCACGGCCUGUCGUUCAGUGGGUCGAAGGACGAACUCUGACAUAUUUCCAUCCACCAAUCAGGACCGACGGGCUGGUCUCCAUGACAACAGACAUGGAGAGAGAGGAGGAGACGGAGUCCCGGUCCUGCUGACAGACCUGCAGGGUCGCACCAGAUCUGCGUAAGUUCCAACGACUUUAAAGGUUCCAGCAGCUGAAAGAGUUCCAGCUGAACCUCCAUCGAACAGCGGCUGCAGCGUCCUGACGGGAGGACAGCUGAGACCACGAGGACGAGAGGAUCGUCCCGGCUGUGAUCUGUCUGUACACGUUCUGUAACUGUACGCAGAGUACUGUAACAGUACACAGAGUACUCCUAUAGCAGUACGCAGAGUACUCCUGUAACUGUACGCAGAGUACUCCUGUAGCAGUACACAGAGUACUCCUGUGACAGUACACAGAGUACUCCUGUUACAGUACACAGAGUACUCCUGUGACAGUACACAGAGUACUCCUGUAACAGUACACAGAGUACUCCUGUUACAGUA